GUAAAGGACUUGAAAAGGCAGUGACAGCCAAGAAGGAUAUUUUGAAGUUUGAAAUGAUCCCUAUAUAAAUAGAACGGAUCAGCAUAACUUUGGGAUAAAAUUAGCCAACGGUUUGUGGGCUCCGUAGCAUGUGCCUGGUGGCUUGAUGCUGCUCUUCUGAUAAAUCACAACAAAGCUUCCAGAGGGAGAGGAAGGAUGGAAGGCUCCACUGGCCCGGUCACCAAGUCGGGAGCUGCCAAAUUAGUGAAGAGAAAUUUCCUUGAGGCUCUCAAGUCAAAUGACUCCGGAAAAUUGAAGGCUAUUUUAAUCCAAAGGCAAAUAGAUGUGGACACAGUUUUUGAAGUUGAAGACGAGAAUAUGGUUUUGGCAUCUUAUAAACAAGGUUACUGGUUACCUAGUUACAAAUUGAAGUCCUCCUGGGCCACUGGCUUGCACCUGUCUGUCUUGUUCGGCCAUGUGGAGUGUCUACUGGUGCUGCUGGACCACAAUGCUACCAUCAACUGUAGACCCAACGGCAAAACCCCUCUGCACGUGGCUUGUGAGAUGGCCAACCUGGAUUGUGUGAAGAUCCUCUGUGACCGCGGCGCGAAGCUCAACUGUUACUCCUUAAGUGGCCACACGGCUUUGCACUUCUGUACAACUCCAAACUCCAUUCUCUGUGCCAAGCAGUUGGUUUGGAGAGGGGCCAACGUGAACAUGAAGACCAACAAUCAGGAUGAAGAGACGCCCUUGCACACAGCUGCCCACUUCGGCCUCUCAGAGCUGGUGGCCUUCUACGUGGAGCACGGCGCUGUUGUGGACAGCGUGAACGCACACAUGGAGACCCCACUGGCCAUUGCUGCCUACUGGUCCCUCCGCUUCAAAGAGCAGGAGUACAGCCAAGAGCACCGCCUCAUCUGCCGCAUGCUGCUCGACCACAAGGCCGAGGUCAAUGCUCGGGAUGAUGACUUCAAGUCUCCCCUGCACAAGGCAGCCUGGAAUUGCGACCACGUCCUCAUGCACAUGAUGCUGGAAGCUGGUGCCGAAGCCAAUCUCAUGGAUAUCAAUGGCUGCGCUGCCAUCCAGUAUGUGUUGAAGGUCACCUCGGUGCGCCCGGCCGCCCAACCUGAGAUCUGUUACCAGCUGCUCCUGAACCACGGGGCUGCUCGUAUCUACCCGCCACAGUUCCACAAGGUGAUCCAGGCUUGCCAUUCUUGUCCCAAAGCCAUUGAAGUUGUCGUCAAUGCCUAUGAACACAUCAGGUGGAACAUUAAGUGGAGAACAGCCAUCCCGGAUGAUGACUUGGAGAAAUACUGGGAUUUCUACCACUCUCUCUUUACCGUGUGCUGCAACUCUCCAAGGACGCUCAUGCACUUGGCACGAUGCGCUAUUCGAAAGGCUUUGAACAACAGAUGUCACAAAGCAAUUCCCUUGCUGUCCCUCCCAUUGUCAUUGAAAAAGUACUUGCUCUUAGAGCCAGAGGGAAUCAUUUAUUAAGCCUUAGGAGACAGCAGUUCCUAAUCCUAGAUGUGUGAGUGGACGUGCUAGUUAGACAUAGUUUGCAUAAAUGAAGUAGUGCUUGGGUUGAUUAUAAUACAUCAGAGAUUCUGAAACACUUUUAAACACUCUAUAGUUAGUUAUUCCUGGUAUAUCGUAGUGAGUAGUGAGGGAGACUAAGGGGUGAAGUUAAGUAUUCUUCAAAUACAAGAAUGCAUUCAAAAAGUAUUCAUAUAGUAGUAGUGUCUGAUAUGUGUAGCAUUCUUAUUAGCGGCAUGAUAUGUAUGAGAAGCUCUUCAUGUCUAAAAUGGGACCCACAUUUUCGUAAAACCAAUCUCAUUCUCUACCUUACCACUAAUAAGUUUACAUUAUCAUUUAAUUUUCAGUAUAGCAAGUUUUGUGAUUAACCUCUUUUCCCCAGGACCCCUUAGCUGUAGUGAUUGUCACACCCCAAACCAAGUUUCCUGGCUUAUAGUGAAGAAAAGACAUGAACGUAGUUAAAACCACGGAGAUCUUUUAGUUAAAAGAUUUCGGAGUGCAGAAGACUGGUCCAUUUACUGGUCAAAAAUGGACCUUUCAACACACGCUCCUUGAGCUGGAGACUGGAGGUAUGUGGAUGAGUGCCACGGGACUCCUGGCCUCUGGGGGCUGACCUUUGAGCAGAGGAUCCGAACACAGAAGUAAAGAACUUCAGUGUCACAGGCUGGGCAAGAGUACAGGUGCUGGCUCAUUAUUAGUGCUUUGCUUUUGAGUUUCUGGCAUGAAGCGUGUGUGUGUGUGUGUGUGUGUGUGU